AGCGAGCUGUCUGGCCGACAUUUUGUUUCUCAUCGCAGCCAACCGCAACGUCUCUUCGCGAAUAAACUCUGCAGUGUGGAGGAUUUGUGUGGUUCUUCUCUUCUGCCUGAAUCGGCUUCGCGAAUUAUCGCGUAACUUUAUUUUCGCCUCUGAGUGUUCGGGACCAAAUUGAUCUCGAGUCGGCCAGCUGCGGAAAUCAUUGCGGACGUGUCCGGCCUGUGUACGAAAAAGGGGUUGGACAAUUUCCAGUACGGAGAAAUUUUUUUUUCUGCUGCGUUGGAAGCAGCCUGUCCAGAGAGCAGAAGUGACAUGUAAAAGAAUCGGGUCGUGUUCCAAGUAGAAGUCAAUUUUUUCGAUCGAAAAGCAAGGAUAGGGGUGGAAAAUACAGUGAGAUAGUGGAAGCAACAGCAGACAUUUGGAUUUAUAGUUUAACGAGCAAAGGGACAGACAGCAGCAUACACAACAAUGGGCACUCGCGAUGAUGAAUAUGAUUAUUUAUUCAAAGUUGUGCUGAUUGGAGAUUCAGGCGUUGGUAAAAGUAAUCUGCUCUCGAGAUUUACUAGGAAUGAGUUCAAUCUGGAAUCAAAGUCCACCAUAGGCGUAGAGUUUGCUACUAGAAGUAUAGAGGUCGAUGGUAAAACGAUUAAAGCCCAAAUAUGGGACACGGCUGGCCAGGAACGUUAUCGAGCAAUCACGUCAGCUUACUACCGGGGCGCGGUCGGGGCGCUGCUAGUCUACGACAUAGCUAAGCAUUUGACGUACGAGAACGUGGAACGAUGGCUGCGUGAGCUGCGCGAUCAUGCUGAUCAAAACAUUGUGAUUAUGCUGGUCGGCAAUAAAAGUGAUUUGCGGCAUCUGCGUGCGGUACCCACGGACGAGGCGAAAGGUUUCGCCGAAAGAAACGGCCUCAGCUUCAUCGAAACGUCUGCGCUGGACUCGACUAAUGUUGAAACCGCAUUCCAGAAUAUACUCACAGAAAUCUAUCGAAUUGUGUCGCAGAAGCAAAUCAGAGAUCCACCGGAGGGUAGUGUGAUCAGACCGAACCUGGAGAACAUCGACGUGAAGCCGACCAAUCCAGCUGCUGACUCGGUACGAAAACAAUGUUGCCAGUGACCGCCACAAGCAGAGCCUGUUCUUAUUUCUGCUGCUACAACAAUUAGAUCUACUACUGCAUCUACUACUAUUACUACAACUACUACAAUUAUUACUACUAUUAUUAUUACUGCAACAGCAAAACCAUCAACCGAAGCAAAAACAAGGAAGGAGUUCUUUCACGAUAGUAAUAAUAGUUCCGGUAAUAUGCUUUUGAUUUGAACAAAGAGUAAAAAGAGAAUUAAAAUGAAAUGUUAUAACAAAAAAAGCCGUAUAUAAAAAAUAAAGUAGUCAAAUUGGAAAAUAAAACAAGAGCAAAUACCUGCUAAUCAAUUACGACACACUACUAAAUACCCCCUUUAAAAUCGAAUUGGAAAAUACAUAUUUUUCACUGGUACUAGAUGUCAAAUUUUUCACACGGGCAACCGAUGAAAUUUAAUAUAGCUGUUUGAGGAACAAAGAGUGCUAAUCCUGUUACGUAACGUUUUCAUUAUGUCUACAUUAAAAGGCAUUCGCGCUGAACAGACUUUUUUUUUAUUAACUUUUAACUAUUUUAGGACUGGUAUGAAUCAAAUAUGAGCUCACGCUACCUAUGCAGUGAAAACUAUCACAUUGACGUAAGACACAUUUGCGAAACAAAGAAGCUUACACUGGGGUUUAUUCGAUAGGAUAUGUUUGAACUAUUUGGUGGAUUCAAUAUUACACACCUUCACAAAGAGCAACGCAAAGUAAGCUAGUAGAAAAUCCGCUUUAGAGUAAUAUGCAGCUUCUCGUAAUAACAAGAAGGUUCAGCUAAGUUGGAUUGAGAGUGAACAUUGUUUGAGAGAAGUUAGAAAACAUAUUUGGAAUGCCAGAAUAAACUUUGCGAAGGAGAUGAGCAAAAUCGGUGGUGAAGUGAGUUCUUUUAUUUUACUUAUGUUUAUUCUUGUCUAUAAAUAUUUCGCGUAAGGAGUUGUCAUUAUCUGCAAGGUCUGAGAACCUGACGAGGUGAGUAUUAAGCUCGAAUCCAGUCGAAGAGAAACCUUAUAGCAAACGAAAUAGUUAUAAGAGCAAUCAUUUUCCUGUGACGUGUCCUUGAUUCCUGAAAGCCUUGUCGUUCAUACUCGACUAUUUAGUUUGUUCAUCAGUCUUGGUUUGCAAUUUAGGUAUCCUAUUCACUCUCUACCGUGUAGCACCAAGUUAUAUAUGCGUAUUUUCGACUUGCAGAAUGCAGCAAACAUCAAUUGCUUUGUAGGUAAAAUCACACGAAAAGCAGUAAUUGUAGUAAUUGUUAAGCUAAACGGCAUGAAACAAAGGAUGGUCAUUAUUUAUAUAGGAAAAAAUGUAAAGUAAUACAUAAAACAAAAUAAAACAUUGCAAAAGGUAUAUAUUAACAGGAAUAAUAAAUUGAAGAAGUAAAGACAUAAAUGCUGCAAUCCAGAUUGAACAGUUGGAAAAAUCAAAUUAACGAAAACAAAUUGACAAAAUUUGCACCAAUUUUAUGUUGAACAAUUGGUUUACAAUUUACUUUUAUAUACUAUUAAACAAUAUACUCUAUUAUUAUUACAAACAUUUUACUGCUGCUCGAA